AUGGUGUACGAUCAUCACGCGUCGAACGGCCAUCAUCACGAGAACGGCUUCAAGAAACUGAAGACGGCUGAUCUCGACGGCUUUGGCACUCGUGCUAUCCACGUCGGCUCUGAACCCAGCGCGGAGACGGGCGCUGUCAUCCCAGCCAUCUCUCUGAGCACGACUUACAAGCAGGACGGGGUCGGCAACCACAAGGGCUUCGAAUACUCUCGCAGUGGAAACCCCAACCGUAAUGCGCUAGAGGCCACUCUGGCUUCUAUUGAGUCAGGCGGCGCCUAUGCGCUCGGGUUCGCGUCUGGUUCGGCGACGACUUCCACCGUUCUAUCUUCCCUUGGACCGGACUCGCACAUAAUCUCUGUCAACGACGUUUACGGCGGAACGUUCCGCUACAUGACCAAGGUUGCGAGCCUCAACCAGGGACUUGAGACUACGUUCCUCGACCUUGAAAAUGCGGAGGAAGAAGAGAUCGCGGAUGCCAUUCGCCCGAACACCAAGCUUAUUUGGAUAGAGUCGCCGACCAACCCUACUUUGCGUUUGAUCGACAUUCCCCGUGUCGUGGCCAUCGCACACGCGCACCCCUCGCAUCCCCUCGUCCUCGUGGACAACACCUUCCUAUCGCCGUAUUACUCUUCGCCGCUUCUGCAAGGAGCCGACAUUGUCGUUCACAGCCUUACAAAAUACGUCAACGGCCAUUCUGACGUCGUAAUGGGGGCCGUGAUCCUGCCUGCUCACCACGCUGCGCUACGCGAACGCCUGGCUUUCUUACAGAAUGCCAUCGGCGCCGUGCCGAGCGCAUACGACUCAUGGCUCGCCCAACGUGGUGUCAAGACACUUCAUCUACGCAUGCGGGAGCACGGGCGCAACGCGCUAGCUGUCGCUCGUGCUCUCCAGCAGAGCCCUCAUGUCCAGGAGGUCAUCUACCCUGGUCUAUCUUCGCACCCACGCAAUGCCCUCGCUAGGCGAUCACUCUCACCUCACGCGGAGAAGUUCGUCAACGGCUACCUUUCAACCGAGGGCGUCGACAGUGACGGCUCCUUCCCCUACGGCGGCAUGAUUUCAUUCCGCAUCCAAGGAGGGCUCGAGGAGGCGAAGCGAUUCCUUGCCGCAACGCGCCUCUUCACGCUCGCUGAAUCCCUCGGUGGUGUCGAGAGUCUUGCAGAGCUUCCGGCUCUCAUGACACACGCGAGCAUCCCUGACGUUGAGCGGGAGAAACUUGGCAUCAGCGAUUCGCUCAUACGGUUGUCCGUUGGCGUUGAAGAUGCGGAGGACCUAGUCCACGACGUAGAGCAGGCGCUCGAGAUUGCGUUGCAGGCGGCGUGA